GAAAUUUUAGCCUUAAGAGGGUGCAGCCGUGAGAAGGCGAGAUUUCGAUAUUUUAGUGACUUUUGACAUGCUACUUUUCACAUAAUCGAAGCUUAUUAAAUAAAGAAAUGUACAAUUAUGUAAACAUAAAGUCUUAUAGAAGUGUACUGCAAAGGAAAAUUUUGGUAUUUAAUAGUACAUCUUUGUUUAAUUUGUCAUUUCUUAAAAGCAAAAUUUCAAAAGCGCUCGUCAGAGCUCACUUUGAGAUAUGAAAUUACCAUUAAGCUAUGUAAAUACAUUUUUUUAAAUAUUUUCGUAGGACAGAAUAUAUAGUCUAUUGGUGAACCACAGCGGAAAAUAUUAAAAAUUAUAUAUUUUAAUAAUUACGCACCCAUUUUUAUAAAUGACUUAUUAUACGAUUUUGGAAACAGCUUUUUAUGAGAAAAGCCCGAUUUUAUUCGUUAAAACUAUUUUGUAUCGAUUAACUGAGGAUGAAUAAAUAAUAAAAGUAAAUUUACAUAAUUAUUAUACGACGAUAGUUAUUACAAACUAUUAUUGAAAAUGGCCUAUAUAAUUACGCGCACGGGCGAAUGUGAUUUAGUACGCGCCGGGUCAUCCCAGAGGGUGGACGUAUCGCUCAUUUCCCGCGCGUCUAAAAGUUGAUUGACCUUACGUACGACCGAGGUUCAAAAGGAGUAUAGUGCGUCAUUGGAUUUGAUACUUUAGCAUGGGUAACAAACGCAAAAAAUAUAGUUGCAGUAGAAAUGCGAAGUCUGCAGCGAACGCCAGGCAAUCAAAAAGGAGAAAGAUUAACGAGGAAAAAAACCAACGUACUCAUGAAUCUCCUGACAAUAACGACUCCUGUGUUGAUUCAAAAAAUAAUAAUCGUGACAAUGAAUUAUUUGAUGCACUCAUAUCGGAUCUGGAAAAAAUAGAUGAGAAAAAACAAAAUAUACAUUUAGAAGAAACGGCAAAUAUUGAAGAGUUUGAAUUGGAAGUGGAGCCACAAAAACAUAUCAUUCCUCCAUAUCAAAUUAUAGGAAGAAGGAUUGUUGAUUUCAUGUAUUUCUUUGAUCAAAUCAAAAUCGUAGCUAACCAUAAUCCUGGACUCGGUUGUUCAAUAAGUAAUGUUGAAAUUGUCAAAGAAAUACUUAAUGGCUUAGAAUCGACAAUCCACUUCAAAUGUACAAUGUGUAACAAGAAAUUUAAUGUCACACUAUGCAAUAAUAAUUUUCCAAAAGAGAUGACCACAAACCAUGCUGCAGUGACUGUUUGUAAAUAAUAAAAUCUAAAAAUGUAA